AUGAUUGUCAAUCAGCUGCUUCUCCGCAGGACAGCGGUGCUGUCUUCAUCUUCGCGCCGAGCAUUCUCGACAACCGCAUCCGCGUUCAACUCGACACCCCAGUUUAAGCGCGAGGGCCCUACCGCUCACAAGGGCGACAAGCACAAGUUUGACGAUGGUCGCGACGACCCUCACUACCCAGGCGUGCAGCAAAAGAACAAAGCCAUGAACGAUCCAUACCCCAAUCGUCCCAACGCAGACCGCCAGGACCCCGAGCCCGAAUCGCCCAAGGGCCACGAAGGCGCCUUUGCGGACCACCGCGGUCGAGGCAGCCGCGCAGACGGCGAGCACCUCACCGGGUCCGAGGAGGCUGCCGAGACACGCACCGCGGACCGCGUUGGUCAGUUGGCCAAGAACGCAGCAAAAUCCGUCUUUGGUUCUUCCGACAAGCGCUCUUUCUCCACCUCGAGCCGCAACUUGGCCGAGGAGCCUACCCAGGUCAACCGUAACACCCCAGCCACCACGCCCAAGGGCAGCCUCAACGAGCAUCCAGGCUACACCACAGGCGAUGCUCCCAUCGACUCUCAGGAUCCAUCCGAGAUGCCCAAGCCUUCAGAGCAUGCUAUGCCCUCGUCGGCCUCGGGCAACGCCAGCACAAAAGCAGCUGCACCGCAUCCAGAUGUAAACGCCAUGGCUGACGGGGCCAACCAACCAGGAGGAGGCGUCGAUGCGAUCCAUCCCGAGGACCGAACACAAAAUUCUUGGGGUGCAAAUGCGAGGUCGGCCCAGUUCAAUCCAGAGGAGGGAAAGAGACAGCCUCUGCAACAUGGUGGCAGUCAUGAGGGAGGCUUCAAGGGCCAGCCCGGCGGAAAGUCUCGCACCUGA